GUAAGAGAGAGAGAGAGGGAGAUUAGAGAGGUGGAGCAGUUUCCGAGAAAAGGGCGUCCUCCUUUUUUUCUUCUUCAGUUUGUCUCUCCGGAGCAGGAAGGGGCGGUCUCUGCGCCACACCACAGCCGGAAUUAGCCCGCGUUCGCUCGGCUCCGCUCGGUUCGCCUCCAGCCGACUCAGAACCGGAGCAGAGGGCGAGAGGAAGAGGAGAAAGAGCCAGGGUCGGGACGUUUAACGGCGGGAGAACAAGCUGGAGUUUACAGAGGCGGCGGAGAGGAAAGGAGAGCAGGAAUAAAGGAGGAGAAGAAGAGGAGGAGAAGAUGCCUCUGGCUCAGCUGGCAGAUCCCUGGCAGAAGAUGCCGGUGGGGGGGACGGCUGGAGAGGAUGCACACCCCGAUCCCGAGGACACGGCGGGAGACGACGACUCCAUGCCCGCCUGCACUGAUGACGUUCCCAUCAAAGAGAUCAGCAUCACUCAUCAUGUGAAGGAGGGCUCUGAGAAGGCCGACCCGCGGCAGUUUGAGCUCCGGAAAGUCCUGGGUCAGGGUUCCUUUGGGAAGGUGUUUUUGGUGAGGAAGGUCACAGGACCGGACGCAGGUCAGCUUUAUGCCAUGAAGGUCCUGAAGAAAGCCACGCUGAAAGUUCGUGACCGGGUCAGAACGAAGAUGGAGAGGGACAUCCUGGUGGAGGUCAACCACCCCUUCAUCGUCAAGCUGCAUUAUGCAUUUCAGACAGAAGGGAAGCUGUACCUCAUCCUGGAUUUCCUCAGAGGAGGAGACCUCUUCACUCGCCUCUCCAAGGAGGUGAUGUUCACAGAGGAAGAUGUGAAGUUCUACCUAGCAGAGCUCGCUCUGGCCCUGGAUCACCUUCACGGCCUCGGCAUUAUUUACAGAGACCUGAAGCCUGAGAACAUCCUGCUGGAUGAGGCCGGACACAUCAAGCUGACAGACUUCGGCCUCAGCAAGGAGUCGAUAGACCACGAGAACAAAGCCUACUCCUUCUGUGGGACGGUGGAGUACAUGGCCCCUGAGGUGGUGAACCGGCGAGGACACACGCACAGCGCCGACUGGUGGUCGUACGGCGUUCUCAUGUUUGAGAUGCUGACCGGAACGCUGCCUUUCCAAGGCAAAGACCGGAAGGAGACGAUGACGAUGAUCCUCAAAGCUAAGCUGGGAAUGCCACAGUUCCUCAGCUCGGAAGCUCAGAGUCUCCUCAGGAACCUGUUCAAACGCAACCCUGCAAACAGACUGGGCGCAGGACCAGACGGUGUGGAGGAGAUCAAGAGGCAUUCGUUCUUCGCCAGAAUCGACUGGAAUAAACUGUUCCGCAGAGAGAUAGCACCUCCUUUCAAACCAGCUGCAGGACGACCUGACGACACUUUCUAUUUUGAUCCCGAGUUCACAGCUAAAACACCCCGAGACUCGCCAGGCGUCCCUCCCAGCGCCAACGCCCAUCAGCUCUUCAGAGGGUUCAGCUUUGUGGCCAUAACAGAGGAAGAGACGCAGCCGCUGCCUAAUACUAUGGUUCAGCAGCUUCACAGAAGUACAUCCCAGUACUCAGACACCUAUGACAUUAAAGAGGACAUUGGCGUGGGCUCCUACUCCAUCUGCAAGCGCUGCAUCAACAAAGUGACGGGCAUGGAGUACGCUGUGAAGAUCAUCAACAAGGCCAAGAGAGACCCUACAGAGGAGGUGGAGAUCCUACUGAGAUAUGGUCAGCAUCCUAACAUCAUCACCCUGAAGGACGUGUAUGACGACGGCCGCUCGGUGUUCCUGGUGACGGAGCUGAUGAAAGGAGGCGAGCUUCUGGACAAAAUCCUCCGGCAGAAGUUUUUCUCCGAGCGAGAGGCCAGCGCCGUGCUCUACACCAUCACCAAGACCGUGGAGUAUCUGCAUGUGAACGGGGUGGUGCACAGGGACUUGAAGCCCAGCAACAUCCUGUACGUCGACGAGAGCGGGAACGCCGAGUCCAUCCGGAUCUGCGACUUUGGUUUUGCCAAACAACUGAGAGCAGAAAACGGCCUCCUCAUGACGCCGUGUUAUACCGCCAACUUCGUUGCUCCAGAGGUUCUGAAGAAGCAGGGUUAUGAUGCAGCCUGCGACAUCUGGAGUCUGGGAGUCUUACUCUACACAAUGCUAACAGGUUUUACUCCUUUUGCUAAUGGUCCGGAGGACACACCAGAGGAGAUCCUUGCUCGUAUCGGCAGUGGGAAGUUCUCGCUCACUGGAGGAUACUGGAACUCUGUUUCUGCUGAAGCAAAGGAUCUUGUGUCUAAGAUGCUGCAUGUAGAUCCCCAUCAGAGACUGACUGCAGCUCAGGUCCUCAGACAUCCCUGGGUGAUGCACAGAGACCAGCUACCUAAAUACACCCUGAACAGACAGGACGCGCCGCACCUCGUCAAGGGUGCGAUGGCAGCCACCUACUCAGCCCUGAACAGGAACGUCCCGCCGGUUCUGGAGCCGGUGGGCUGCUCCACUCUGGCCCAGCGGAGGGGGAUGAAGAAGAUCGCCUCCACUGCUCUUUGACUUUCUCCUCUUCCACCUCCUUUCAACUCUGACCUCGAUCUGAUCGUCACCGGACCUCCCCCCGCCUCUCCAGUCCACUCCGGUCCGGUUCGGUUGGACAGACUACUGAUAGACCUGAGAGCCGCUAACGCCAAAUAGAAGCACACCCCCCUCACCGCCCUGCCCCACACCUUAACGGGGUUUCCUCAUCAGCUCCCUCCUGCUGUCUUCCCGUCUAGUCUCAGCUUUAACGUCACCAAGCGACAGCCGGGCCGAGCUGCUGCUGAAACCCGCCCACCCAGUUCCUGCUGCAAAGUUCUCCUGCAGCAUUUCUGCUUAGGACAAUCAGCGCUUCCUCGCCACACAGAGGCCGUGUCAGGAAAAUGAAAGUAUUUAUUAUCCUCAGAUGGGGAAAUCAUAGGAACAAAGUAAUGUAAGGUAUGCAUUUAAAGAGCUAGGAUCAUUGUUAUCUGUGUAGUUGUAGAAUCUGCAUUUAAACCUCAAGUAGCCUCUGAGACGACGAGACGGACACGGUUCCGGAUCCAGCUCAGGACGCGGCUGCUUGUACUUAAAAGGGAAAGAAAAAAAAGCUCAUUAGAGCCAGAACGUUUAAUGAGGAAAACACCUUUUUUUUCACCACUUUUUCAUCAUUUAGCAGAAACGGAGCAAAGAGUUUCAUUCACCAAUCAAAGCCUUUUGUUUCUAACAUUUAUCCUAAAAUCAACUCUGGGAAAAACUCAGUAAAAGUUUGAAUCCAUGGAACCCACUAAAGAGUGAACCAGAAGGUUUAUCCUUUAUAAUUACACAUUGCUGCCCCCUAGUGAACGCAAAUGGUAUAACAACCUUUUUUUUUUUUCCUUUUUAGAUUUUCUUUUUCUUUUUUUUUUGGUCCAUUUUUGAAAAAGCUUGAACCCAUAUUUGUGACCUGAUGUCAUGAGCAUGACUCUUUCCUGUCUAGGCUGGCCAGCAGAGGCUGGAUUUAAAUUUAUGCAAAUUAGGGAGAUAUUCAGUCAGCGGUGCUCAGUUUUUCCAUUAAACUUUUGAGAACAAAAAAGUUUCAGGUAGUGAUUUUGAAAAAAAAAAAAUCAUUCUUAGUUUUCUAUUCAUAUCACAUAAAAAACAGCAAUACGGACUAAAUGUUUGUUGGUUCAUGCCAUUUUUUUAAAGAGCUAAUUAAACAAAAUUAACUGAUGAAGGCUAAUGUUUAUGAAGGACUCUCAGUGAAUUUGAUUCCAGAUUAACUUUUUUUUUUUUUUCUCUCAGCAUUGCAAAAAUUUACCAAAAAACUUCACUCCACUGAGCUAACAUGUUUAUAAAUGUUAUAGUUUCUAACAUAAGGUUUGCCUGGGUGUGAUUUUAUCACACAACAUAGAACUCAAGCAAUUUUCCAGAAAUUUGAAUUAAAAUGACUUCCUGUCAUGUAAAAUGAAUUUGUCCAAUUGUAUAUAUGUUUGUCCUCUUCAGCCCAUUGUUUCUCGCACUGCUGCAGGACUUUAAGUUUGCAGUGGAGCCGCCUCAGAGCAAAUAGACAAAUAAACUAAAAUUCCCUCCCAUUAGAUUUCACAUGUAGGUUUGUAUAAAUCACUAUACCUCCCAAAUAAUUAAUUAUGGACACAUACAACUUCAUGUGUGAGACGCCCAGAGGUUUGUGCUUUUUGCUAUUAGCAGUUUUACCCAAUGACUAUAUGUUUGACUCAGAUUCCUGCUUGCAUUUCCAUCUGGCUCUGUGAUACUGCGGCCUUCCCCUCCCUCGUGCUCUUCAGAAAAGGCGGGAAUCUCCAUAGUGACACGUGUUUGCAGGUUUUUCUCUUAUUUUUUAAUUAUGGCUGCCCCCAGUUGACAGAAUAGUUUCAUUAAAACAAGUAUUUUAUCAUUUCCUGACCGACUGAACGGAUACAAACUGAGCACCGCUGAUUUCCAACUGGCACCCUGUUUAAGUGGAAAUAAUUCAGGACUGGUUAGAGGAGUCUAACAACAGUUGGAAGAAGCCCCUCCCUCCAACAGUGAGAAGAUAAUUUGGUUAUGUGUUUUGGGGCCUCCAACUUCCUUAAAGCUGGAUUUCAGCCUUUUUUCUGUACGAGCCGUCUGUGCAGCAGCAGCACUGUAAAUAGAAACACGAUGGGUAACUCAGGUUUCUACCAAUCAAAAUGAUGCAUUAUGCGUGUCCUGGAGGAAGGAGGCGCACGUGAAAAGCACAGGAGCGUGAGCAGAAGACACUUUUAAUAUCAGUGAGUUAAAUUCAACCUAUUUUAAGCUUCCAUUGUGACUGUUUAUCUUCUAUAGUCUUAAAGAAAAGGACUUUUAUGGGCUUCGUUCUAGAAUGGAACUCUUGUUUAUCUAAUUUUACCUUCCUGUGAUCUGUGUUCAGCUCCAGCAUUUAUAGCCUUGAAGAUGAUUGUGAUCAUCUGGCAGCAGACCCUUUAAAACUAAGCAGAAAAACAACUUUUAAACACAUUCCAGCUGUUGGCAUCAUUCUGGAGGUCAAACCUUUUGCUGGCAUCAUGCAUGCAACAGAAAACUAGUCAAUGCAAAUGGAAACUAUUUCCAUCUUUGCAGAAGAACCCACCAAAAUACCCUGAACCGAACCUGAAAUGUUCCUGUCCUUAAAUCUUAAUGCAGGUUUUUAGACUCUGCCACUGGGUUAAUUCAAAUCCAACCUUCAGCCUAGCCAUCAGGGGCCGCUGCAGUUAUUUAAUUCAGCUGAAGCAUUCUUUGACCAAAUUGUUCAGUUUGAGCAUUUAUGAUCUUUCAGGUUUGCUUCUUUUAUCUGUGAAAUUAAUAUUUGCAUGAGUUCGCUUCUGGU